GAAUUUGUUUACAUUUUUCAUGUUGAAAUUGUGUUUUAAACAUCGAAUUUAGUGAAUUUUUGGCUUAGGAAAUUACAAUGUCGUUCCUACUUCGUAGUUAUAAAAAAGGCGUUUCUCGCUUUCCCUACAUUGCUCAAGGUGUUCAGGCAUCGAUUCUUAUGGCAACUGGAGAUGCAAUUGCACAAAUUGGUGUUGAAAAAAAAACAAAAUUUGAUUUCCAAAGAUCAUCUCACUUCCUUCUGAUUGGAUUUUUUGGUGGAUUAGGUCUUAGAAAAUGGUAUGGAGUGUUACAAAGUAGAUUCACAUCUCCCAACAAAACUGCGAAUACUUUGAAAAAAGUUGCAGUUGAUCAGCUCUUCUUCGCUCCCGCAUUUAUUGGAGCUCUUGUUGGUUCAGUAGGUUUAUUACAAGGACAAAAUCCAAAUGACAUUACAAAGAAACUUAAACGAGAAUUUCCGGACAUUCUUUUGGCUAAUUAUAAAUUAUGGCCAGCUGUUCAACUCUUAAACUUCUACUUUGUUCCUUUAAACUAUCAGGUUGUGUUGGUUCAAGUGGUUGCUGUUCUCUGGAACACUUACGUGAGUUUCAAAACCAACGAGGUGACCACCGUUGUUGCCGAAAGUCAUUCCUGAAUUUAGCUAAAAGUAAACAAAAUACUGACUUAUUAUUUUUUUAGAAAUAUUGUGAUUGAAAUGAGAGAAUCUGAAUAAAUUAAAGUUGAUUUUAAAAUAAGUCUUAAAA